GGCAAUACAUGUUUGCCAGGGAUAGAUAGCUAACAACAAGCCGAUUGAAGACAUGUGUGAUUUGACAGUAUGCUCACUUUUUGUUUUCAUUUUCAGUGGUCAGUCUAAAGGCUUCGAUGACCCCUCACUGUGCCCGUGUUCAUCAGGUGAGUCAUCCUCAGUCCCAAGGAAUAUGACCUACGGAGUGUUUCAAACUGCCAAAUUCUGGGAAUACCUCAUACGGCAGAAACCAUGUGACAAUGACAGAGGCAGAUCCACCGAGCAUGGCCAUAAUAAAGGCCGUAAAAGAGGCAGAGAUAUGGACAGGGAGAGCUUUUCCUUUUCACACAACAGUGCGGAGAAACGCAUGAGGUACAGGGACAGUAUGGAGCGAGGGCACAAACGCCACACUUUUGAAAGAUUCAGUGGAGAAAAAGAACAGUACAGAGAGAGGAGACAGAGAGACAAAACAUCAAGCAGCAGCAGCAACAGGAGUACGAGGGACAAUGGUGAGAACAGAGACAGUCAGAGCAGACGCAAACACAAUAAGGCCAAAAGAAACAGGAAGGACAAGAGGACCUGAAAGAUGUUGUCUACUGACCAAGAGAGGAAAUUAAAAUCUGACUGACUUUCA